AUGGAUUCCGAAAAGCGGCAAAUAUCCUCCAAAAUGAUGGCCGCAGUCCAUUGCCGCAUCCAGAGGGAGCAGGGUCAGUUACAAGACUACGCCAAUGCCACAACAGUUUGGAGUCUACGCGAAGAAGCAGUGCUCGCCGAACUCGAGGAGGCCAACGGACAAUGUGAACAACCGACGAUACUAGAGAGGUUUCAACCAUUGUCCUCUAUUGGACUGGAGUCAUCGGAAGUGGAGCGGAAAUGGCCAGGCAUUGCUCGGUCGCAGUCAAGACCGGACGUACCACUUCAACGAGGACUCAGUGAGUCGACUAAACUACAACACGGGCUUUUUCAAGAACUGGAAAAGAAGCGUAUGAACGAACAGACCCACGAUUCCUCGACGCCGACCUUUGAGAGCCGCACCUCGGCGGUCCAAAGCAAACAAAAGGCACCCACGAAGGCGAAAACGCUUCUGGAGAUUUACUACGAGGCUAAGGCGAAAGAGAUCGGUGGCGAGCAAAAAGACGCAGUUAAUGACGAGCAGUGA